AUGGCGGCUCCUGAGCCGGGCCCCGAGGCGGGCGGCGGUCCGGGGGGCAGCGUGGAGAUCGACCCGGACUUCGAGCCGCAGAGCCGGCCCCGCUCCUGUACCUGGCCCCUGCCCAGGCCCGAGCUCUCGGCGGCGCAGCAGGAGGCGGGGGGCCCGGCGGCGGCGGCGGAGGAGGAGGGGCCCGGCGGGGCCGCGGCGGCGCCUGGGCGGGCCGAGGGGGCGCGGGGGCCCGGCGCGGCGGCGCGGAAGGGCGGCUCCCGGCGGAACGCCUGGGGGAACCAGUCCUACGCGGAGCUGAUCAGCCAGGCCAUCGAGAGCGCCCCGGAGAAGCGGCUGACGCUGGCGCAGAUCUACGAGUGGAUGGUUCGCUUCGUGCCCUACUUCAAGGACAAGGGCGACAGCAACAGCUCGGCCGGCUGGAAGAACUCUAUUAGGCACAAUUUAUCCCUGCACAGCAAGUUCAUUAAAGUGCAUAAUGAAGCUACAGGGAAGAGUUCUUGGUGGAUGCUCAAUCCUGAAGGUGGUAAAAGUGGGAAAGCACCAAGGAGGAGAGCUGCCUCCAUGGACAACAGCAGCAAACUGGCAAAAGUCAGAGGUAAAGCAUCCAAAAAGAAGGCCUCACUCCAAGCAGCUCCGGAAGCUACUGCCGACAGCCCUGGCUCCCAGUUCCCCAAAUGGCCUGGGAGCCCAUCAUCAAGGAAUAAUGAGGACUCCGAUGUGUGGACCAGUUUCCGGCCUCGAACCAGUUCCAAUGCGAGUACCAUUAGUGCCAGGCUCUCUCCUAUCAUGCCUGAGCAGGACGACCUCCCAGAUGAAAAGCUUCUUCCUUCUCUAGUGUACUCCAGUGCAUCCAGCAAUGUCCCACCGACCGUGACUGAGGAGCUUGAACUCAUUGAUGGGUUAAACCUGAUGUCACCCAGUUCAUCUAUGCUGCCCACCCAGCAGUCUGCCUCAGGUGGUCCAGUCCAGAGAGAUUCCAGCUUCUCUUUGAGGACCCAGAAUUCAGCUGGUCAGGCCUCUACUUUUGGCACCUCUCUGUUUAACCCUGUUGAUAUCUCGCUGCAGAGUUCUGUUAACCGUUUCUCUGGCCCUCAGACCCUGGAAGCUCUCCUGACAUCCAGCUCUCCACCUCCCAGCGAUGUGAUGAUGACUCAGGUGGAUCCGAUACUCCCUCAAACUGGAAGCAGGCUAAACAGCCAGACUUUUCUGCUUCUAGGUGGACAAGUCACCCAGAAUAAAACAAGCCCAGUCAACCCACGAGGAAAGCCUUUGGAGCAGCAGUCAGAGUCAAUAGGUGCCAGUGCUUUGCCAUCUAUGCUUUCUGUGGUGGCAUCUCCUCCAAACACAGCCAGCAUGCCCACUUUGAAGGCCCCAGUCCCAGCACCAACGGCCCAAGCAGUCCAUCUGGGCACUCAGCCACUUCUCUCUUCCGUUAGCUCUGCCCCAUUUGGAGUGAACCAGGACAGGCUGCCCACUGACCUGGACGUUGACAUGUACAUGGAGAACCUUGAAUGUGAUGUGGAUUACAUAAUCAACAGUGACCUCAUGGAUGGAGAAGGACUGGACUUCAACUUUGAACCCAUUCUGUCUACUCCCAGCUACCCCAACACCUCGCAGGCCUCCAACCAUACUUGGGUACCAAGUUAACUUCAGGAAUACAAAAGGUAGUGUCCUUCAGGUUUCUGAAUGUUGGGUCCUGACUUCGCUUCCCACCCCUGGCAGAGUCUGAAAAAACAGAGCGCACUGGACACAGCUUCUCUGCACACCAUGCCUGGGGCAGACAGAAUUGCUCACCUGGGAGGAAGGGGGCAAAUCUGCACCUGGUUGCAAUAGGAAGAGUUUUGAAAAAAAUCCUGUUGUGUGCUGCGUCUCUUCCUAAAAAUCCUGACUUGUCCUGGAUCUUCUGCAGAAGCCCCCGGGCUGUGCACAUUCGAAGAGGAGCUCUGGUGAAAAUCCCCACGCUUGGCCAAAGGCUGUUAUGCCAGACAACAGCAAUAUCCAAUUCAAAGGGUUGGGUGUGUUGGAGGCUGCCUUAUCUCUGCCAUAGCAGCAGUUCGCCCAGUGCCUUGGGCUAUCAGAAGGGGCCUGUUCUGUCCCCACCUUGCCCUCUGGGAUGGAGUAGCUGGGCCUCUUCCUUCAGCCACCAGCCUUGUGCUUGGUACUCCACAGACUUUUAGAAGAAUUAGAAGGAGCCUCUUGGCAGAAGCCUGGUAGGACUAGGGUGUCAGAUGGAUUGGGGUUUGGUUUCAAAGUACCCCACCGUUCUGCACCCAUCUGAAGGGAUGAGGGAGUGGCAGCCAGGGAGGCUUCCCUUUGCUCACCUAGGCAGAAGAGGAGGACAUACAGUUUAAUUUCACUGUGCCAGCUGGGCCCUGUUGAAUGAGUAGUAUGUUCUAGAGAAGUCCUGUGCUGUUCUAAGCACUUUCCUGAUACAGCAGGCUGCUGGAAAAUAGACACGGGUGCUGAUUGCUGUUGCUGGGACUCCAAAACAUCUUUGGGGGUUUGUUUCUGGGCUGUCUUGCUACAGCAGAGAAAUGGGAAGCCUGGGUGUGGCCUUAACAGAGCCCUGGUUGCUUUUCAGAAGGGCAUUUUCUAUAGAUGAAAUAUUUUUUUACUAAUCUAAGGGCUUUCUAUAUUGAAAGCCAGUGUAACCACAUGUCUCCAUUGGCAUACUGGGUAUCUCUCCCUCUAAGAAGGUGGUACCAAUGGCAGAUUUGCCUUUCAAAGCUGUGCUGAGAAUAAAUACACUUG